AAUGGAUAGAGGCAAUACUCCUCAGAACAAUAUUGGGGGAAAAGACAACCUUUGGGAUGUCCUCUCUCAUAAGGUUGAUGAUGAAGCAGCAACUGAAAGAGCUGGUAGUGUACUAGGUAAUAAUGAUGAUUAUCAAAAUAUGAAUGAGAAGUCAAUUUCUUUAAAAAGCAUUAGACUUCCUCCUAUUCGGAGAAGGAAUGUGGAUGGAAAACUGCUCGGGGGAGAAGGAGGGCCGAAUGAUCUUGAUGUCAUUAAAAAGGAUAUUUCUCAAACUCAAACCAAGGGAAACAGGCUUCCUCUCCUAGGUCGACCAGAAACUUACAUUAGUGAUAUGCGUGACAAACUUAGGGAACUCGAAGUCAACAUGAUCGAUAUUAAAGCUGGCUUUGAACGCAAACUCAACCAGAUUCUUGAAGAAAUUCCCAGCAAAAUGACUCGCGAACUCAAGUCCAUCGAAGAGCGUGACAACUUCCAGUGGCGAGACACCAAGAACAAGAUUGGGUCUCAAGAGAAACUGGUUUCGUCGCUUAAGCAGACACUCGACAAGACAGUGUUCGGUCUCGUCAAGAAGGUCGACUCGAUGGCGACACAGGUCGAAGCCAACAAGUUCAAGCUGACUUCGCUUUCGAGCGCAGUUGACUCCAAGAUGGAGGCCAUGGCGUCGACUCACCGACGAAGCGACCAGGACGACACCAGGAAAGGGGUCGUCGAUGUUGAGAUCGGGACGGAUGUGAGACACUUGAAAGAGCAGUUGCAGUCUGAGAGAAUGAAGAGGGAGCAAGACUUUGAAGAGUCUCAAAAACUAUUCUAUCAGCUCCAACAGAAAAUGCAUUCACAGGAGAAAGAAAUCCUUGAUAGACUGAAAGAACACAGAGACUACCAACUUGAAAUGUUCAGAGCAGGGGAAGAAGAAAGAACCAAGGUGCAUUCUCUUAAAGAAGAUAAAGACGAUGGAAAUACAGAGUAUUUAAAAUAAUUACAUCCGAACAGUCGAGCGAAAGCUAGAGGAUGAAAGUGCUUUCAGGCUUAAGAAUGAAGAUGACCUCAGGGAAUGGUUUGAACAAAAAGUAUCCAGCUUACAUCAAAAGAUAAAGAAUGAAGAAAAGAUGGCUUUAGAUAGAGAAAAGAAGAUGAUGGAGCAACUUCAAGAGAGUCUUUCUACAAUUGAUGACAUUAUCACUGGCACUAAGGAGCAAAAUCUAAUCAGUAUUAGUAAAAGUCAGGUUGUCUUAAAUGACAAUAUGAGCACUUUGACUGAAACUGUUCAGACAGUGAAGGAAUCUAUCACCGCUAGGAUGGAUAAUAUUGAAACAGAAAUCGGAGAUAACAGAGGGAAGCUUAACGAUAUCCAAGUGAGCACCUACAAGCAUGCUCAAACAGUCAAUGAUACCUUGGACAAAGAAAUCGGAAGGUUUGAGAAAAUUGUUGGUGCUUUUGAAAAAUUGCUUAACACCCAGACCUCAGAGCUUCGAGAUACCAUCAACAACAAUGAUGAAAAGAUUUCAAAGUGGAAAGUUUCUUUCGAAGAUCUUCAAACUCGGAAACUUCUGGAAAUCCAUUCAGUUAUGAAAGUUCUGAAUAAGAACAUUGGUAAAAGUACGAAGGAUGCCAAAGAAAGAUACGAGUUGACUCAGGAACGGCUCAAAAAUCAUGAAUUGAAGCUAGAUGGCCAAAUGGAAGACCUUCGAAAGAAGAUCGAAGUCGAUGACACUACUCUGGAGGAUAGGGUUCAACUUGCACUCACCAAGCUGACUGACAAAUUCGAUGAUGAUUUCUUAAACUCCAUCAAGGAUUAUAAUAAGGAGAUUAGACAAUUUGUAGAGCAGAAAAAUAAGGAUCUUAGAGAGAAAAUCAGUGAAGAUCGGAUGAAAAAUGAACUCAUGAUGGAAGGAAGAUGCCAAGCUUUUGCUAUAGACAUUGAAAAGAACAUCAAAGAACUACUACAAAUCAUGAAGGCUGAAAAUGGGAAGAAACACCUGAGUUUGAAGAAUGAAAUUGUGACUAACCAAUCAGAGAUCUUAAAGACUAAUGAAAAAUUGAGUGCACAUAAAAUUGAGACAAAAACCUUGAUUGGUAAUAGUGAAAAAAGGACUAAAGAAUGGACUCGAAAAGAAGUCGAUAAAGAUAUUGACCAAGUUAAUAUCACAAUUAUUGAAAAGAUAGAAAGCUCUAGACUUGCUCUUACAACUGAUUUCAAUAACAAACUUGAGACCGAGAAACGCCAGAGGAAUGACAGGAUUGCUGAACUUAAUAACUUAAUGGAGUCAAACAAGAACUUGAUUAAUGAGCAUAUUCGUAACCAGAUUGAAAGUCUCAAAGCUCUUAACAAAGCACUUAUUGCAAAAGAGUCCUCAGAGAGAACAAAAGAAUAUGAGAGGUUACUCAAGAUACUUGGAGAUAGAAUAGAUGGUGUUGACAAGAACUUAAAGAAUAAGAUUGAUGAAGAGACUGAAAAAAUUUCCAUCAGAAUCGAUACAUUCAAAGCUGAAUAUGAAAGAACUAAAGAAUCACACGAGAAGCAUCUUGAAGCUCAUGAUCUUAGUAUUGAUGACAAUGCAAAGAAGAUUGAUGAAAAUUAUGAAGAAUUGACAGAAAAAUUAUAUGAGCUUCAAAAAGAACUAAACUUAAAACUAGACAAAGAGAUUCAACUCAUUAAAGACAAUAUAGAAAUCAGAUCUCUUGUAAAUAGUAUGUCUGAACAGCUUGCUGGAAAGGAGCGUGAGGCACAGAUGGCAUCCUUUAAGUCCCAUGUUUCCAAAGAAAUCACCUUGACUAAUAAGAAGAUAGACUCUACGUCAGACUCUCUUACCACUCGUAUCAACUCUCUUGAGUUAGCUACCACUACAGAUCUGAUCAUCGCUAAGGCUUCUAUUGACGGGCUUGAUGAGAAAUACGAAGAAGCGCUACAAGAAGUUGCUAGUUCAAUCGACAACUACAUCGGAGUAGUAAACGAUACCUCUAACAAACAGUACGAAGACUUUAACAAAAACUUAAAGAGUGAAUUUGGCAAGAACCUCGAACAAAUUCAGGACAUCCUGAAUAACCUCCGCGAUGAAAUUGACGGCCAAAAGGAAAAAGUUAACAGCAUGGAAACCGCCAUUGCCACUGUAGAAGUUGACAAUAAAAAGGACAUUGACAGGGUCAAGGAAAGAAUCGAGAUUGAAAGGGUAGUCAGUGAGAUGGUGUCCUGGGUCGCUGAAGAACGGAAUAUAGAUAACUUCAGAGCUGUAGAUAAUCGGACUAAGAAGAUAAGCAUUCUCGCCCAAGAAGUAGACACAAAAGCUGAAUCUGCUCUUGAAAGUAUUAAAGAAAUAGAGUCUAAACGGCUUGAAGAUAUGGAUAGCCUUCAAAAAGAAAAGGUUGAGUCCCAAAAGCAGGAACAAGAAAAAAUCAAGAAGGCAGAAGAAGACCGUGAACGCCUCCUUAAAGAAAAAGAAGAACAAGAGAAGAAGUAUAAGGAAGAGGAGGAAAAGAGGCGGAAACAAGAUGAGGAUAGGAAGAAGGAGGAAGAAAAGCGCAAGGAAGAAGAAGCUCGCAAAAAGAAAGAAGAAGACGAAAAACGUAAAGAGGAAGAGGAAAAGAAAGAACAGCUCCGCAAAGAAGUUGAAGCCCAAAAAGAAAAGGAAAAGAGGGAAGAAGAAGAGAAAAAGCAGAAAGACAAAGAAAAUGACACCAAAGACAACUUCAAGGUCGACUUAAUCGCAAUGGAGGCUAAACAGAAGGAGAAGUUUGAACAAAUGGAGGAGCAACAAAAGAAAGUAUUCAAAGAUCUAGAAGAGAAACAGAAGAAAGAUAUGCAAGAACUAGAACUUAAACAAAAGAAGGAUAUCGAAGAGCUUGAACAGAAGCAGAAGAAGGAUAUAGAGGAAAUCGAAGAGAAACAAAAGAAAGAUAUGGAAGAAAUGGAGAAGAAGUUUAAAAAGCAGUUUGAAGAUCAAGAAAAAGACACUAAGAAACAGAUAGAUGAUAAUAUUGAAAAGAUACAAAAAAACUUGAAAGAGACAGAGGAGAAGGGAGAACAUGACGUGCGUGCACUUCAAGAAGGAAUGAAGUUGGAUCUUGAAGACUUCGAUACAAAGAUCAACAAGAUGAUUGAAAUGAAUCAACAAUGGAUGAGUGAUACUGAGAAACAGAUCAAGGAUAUGCAGAAGGAUUAAUAAUAUUUUCUAUUUUAAUAAAAA